AUGGCUGUAACUGAAUACAUACAUGCUUUACAGUCUCCUGCUCCUCAGUAUGUUUUAGGUUGCUUACCUGUUAUAGUAACAGUAGGUCAUGCUCCAGAUAAUGGUUGUAUAAGGAAGUUACUAUGGAUAUUACGGUGUCUCGGUUGUCCAUUUUCUGGAUUGUUUUAUCAUUGCAACAUAAUGAACGACGAAACGUCGAUGUGCAUAUAUUGGCUUUCAUAUGAUAAUUUUAGCCAAGAAAAUGAUGAAUUGGUUUCCCGUAGGCCCGUUGGUCAUCAUUCAAUGUGCGCAUUAUUGACGAGUGAACAAGUUGAACACAUAAAUGAAUGUAUAUCUGAAGCCUCUUUACUUGACAGGUUUUCCUCAUUAGUUUCUGCUUAUUACAUAAUUGUCGGUAUAUUUGUAGCAAUGUACCGAAUGUUGGGCCCCUGUACGCCACAAGAUUGGCCUUAUUUCCCUUUAACAUUGGCAUGGACAUUACCUGCAAUUUACAAAAGAGUAUACGGUGGGAAAGUUGUUGCUAAUGAUCCUAGAAAAUUGUUAAGAAACGACAGAAUAAUUUUGAAGAAACAUGAUAAAAGUUAUAAAAAAACUAUGGAUAUCUAUGUCAUAGUUACUGCUUUAUUUUCAAUUUUAAUUCCUUGGACAUCUGUGAUUUUGGCCUACCGUACUCCACCAAUUGGAUAUGGUUGUCGAAGCAAAUUUCUUACCGCUAUGUGUUCAAUAUGGUCGUUCAAUAGUUGCCUAGCAUAUUUAUACCAUGUAUUUAAAGGAGAAAAACAUGUUAAUGGUGAUAUAAAAAUCCAUUGUUGGUUUUGUUGCUGUGGAAUAAUAAUGCUGAUUUUUUUGAUUUUUCUCGCUUUUUUAUCUCAUACCACAUCAUGGUGGGUAGUAAUAUUCGGUCAAACAUGCGAUAUUUCUAACGUAUGUAAUGUACCAGAUGCUUUCUUACCAAUUUGA